UUUCUGGUAUGCGCAUCCCCUCUUCUUCUUCUUCUUCGGGGGAGAAAAAGGGAGAAUCCAGCAAUGGACAAACCUCCAUAUCUUCACCGUUCCCGCUUCUUCAGCAGGACUAAACUUCUUACUUUCUGGACUCUCAUUUUUCUGGGUCUCCUAUUUUUCCUAUUUCCGAGAUCACCUCCCUUGUCCGCCGAUCGGACUCGCCGGUUUCUUCAAGCGGGGCCCGUUUGGGAGAAUCGGAUCCGGGACUCGACCCGGCCGCAGUCUCACUCGCGUUCUCACCGGGUGCUAGUCACCGGCGCGGCGGGGUUCGUCGGCUUUCACGUCUCCUUGGCACUGAAGCGCCGCGGCGAUGGAGUCGUCGGCAUUGACAAUUUCAACGCCUAUUACGACACCUCUCUCAAGCGCUCACGCGCCGCGCUACUUGAUCGCGCCGGCGUGUUCGUCGUCGAGGGCGACGUCAAUGACGGAGCCCUGCUGGGGAAGCUGUUCGAAUUAGUUAAAUUCACUCACGUAAUGCACCUCGCGGCGCAGGCGGGCGUGCGAUAUGCGAUGAAAAAUCCCAAUUCGUAUGUGCAAAGCAAUAUUGGGGGUUUUGUGAGUGUACUCGAGGCGUGUAAAUCGGCUAAUCCGCAGCCGGCCAUUGUUUGGGCGUCUUCUAGUUCGGUUUAUGGGCUCAAUUCUCGAGUCCCCUUUUCGGAGAGGGAUCGUACGGAUCAACCCGCCAGCUUAUACGCUGCAACUAAGAAGGCUGGCGAGGAAAUUGCACACACGUAUAAUCACAUUUACGGGCUUUCAAUUACUGGGUUGAGAUUCUUCACGGUUUAUGGACCAUGGGGACGGCCAGAUAUGGCGUAUUUCUUUUUCACUAAGGAUAUUCUGAAGGGGAAGACGAUUAAGAUUUUCGAAGGCCCUAAUCACAGUUCUGUGGCGAGAGAUUUUACUUACAUCGACGACAUUGUGAAGGGUUGUUUGGGUGCAUUGGAUACGGCGGGGAAGAGCACCGGGAGCGGCGGGAAGAAGAAGGGAAAGGCUCAAUUGCGGGUGUUCAAUCUUGGGAAUACUUCGCCGGUGGUUGUUAGUAAGCUGGUGACCAUUUUGGAGAAGUUGCUGCAGGUCAAGGCUAAGAAAAUAGUGUUGCCAAUGCCGAGGAACGGCGACGUCCCUUUCACCCAUGCCAAUAUUACUCUGGCUCAGAAGGAGCUUGGCUACAAGCCCACCACAGAUUUGCAGACAGGUUUGAAGAAAUUUGUUGAUUGGUAUCUCCUUUAUUAUUCAAAAUCUGGGAAGAAGAUUGUUUUGUAGGCUGUAGUAGCUGAGUUCUUUCAAGAAUUUGAUCUAACUGAUUUGUUGUUUUUCUCCCGUUUUCUACUGAUCAGAUUGAUGGGUUGGAAAUUUGGGGGAGUUGUAGGACAACUGUGUAUUGAUUUGUUGUGUGUCUGGAUUGAGCUUUUUGGUAACAACAAUUUCACUAGGAAAGCUUAGGAUUUUAACCUUUUUGGAGUUCUUUUCUUUCACUUCUCUGUUUGUUUAGUUUGAGAGAUGUACAUUCUUCACAGGAUCAAGACUUGUUUAAUUGAUUAUUUAUUCAUUUGA